CACCGGUUGUUAAAAUUAACAAGGUCAAGAACGAACUGCUAGUUUUCUGUCUGAUACCAGAAUACACUGAAUAGUCUAAUCAAUCGUUUGAUUUAUCCUAGUGAUUUACCAAUUUUAAAUAAAAAUGUCAGGUCGGGCAUUUUUGUCAAAGGAUCCUGCCUGGUUGAAGCUAAAAAAUCUGUAUGAUUCUGCUUCAAAAAAUCUGAAGAUGCUGAAUUUGUUUAAUGCUGACUCUCGUCGGUUUGAGAAAUUCAGUGUCUCUUUAGAUGGAAGAGAUGGUCCAAUUCUUGUUGACUUCUCAAAAAAUCUGAUUGAUGAUGAGAUCUUUCAUGCUCUUGUUGAUCUGCUAAAAUCUGCACAAGUAGAAAAAAUGAGAGAUGGAAUGUUUGCUGGGGAAAAAAUCAACUUCACCGAAGACAGAGCUGUUCUCCACACUGCAUUGCGCAACAGAAGUAACACUCCUAUUUAUGUUGAUGGCAAAGAUGUCAUGCCAGAUGUUAAUGCUGUUCUAAAACACAUGAGAGAAUUCACAGAUCAAGUACGACAUGGUCAGUGGAAGGGCUACACUGGGAAAAGUAUCACUGACUGUGUCAACAUUGGUAUAGGUGGUUCUGAUCUGGGCCCAGUGAUGGUUACUGAAGCUUUAAAAAAAUAUCAGUGUGGACCCACAUCUCACUUCAUUUCUAACGUAGAUGGGACACAUCUGGCAGAAACAUUGAAAACUCUGAACCCUGAAACUACACUCUUUAUCAUUGCUUCCAAGACAUUUACUACACAAGAGACUAUAACCAAUGCCAUCUCUGCUAAGAUCUGGUUUUUACAACAUGCUAAUGAUCAAGCUGCUGUAUCCAAGCAUUUUGUUGCUCUCUCAACCAAUGGGCCUAAGUGUAAAGAAUUUGGAAUUGAUGAAAGCAACAUGUUUGAAUUUUGGGAUUGGGUUGGUGGACGCUACUCCCUUUGGUCUGCUAUUGGGCUGUCUAUUGCAUUGAUGAUUGGUAUGGACAACUUUGAGGCUCUGCUGGAUGGUGCCCAUCAUUUAGACAAACACUUCAAAGAAGCUCCACUUGAAAAAAAUAUUCCCAUGAUCCUUGCUGCACUAGGCAUUUGGUACUCCAACUUCUAUGGUGCACAGUCCUACACAAUCCUGCCUUAUGAUCAGUACAUGCACAGAUUCCCAGCCUACUUCCAGCAAGGGGAUAUGGAGAGCAAUGGCAAAUACAUAACCCGCUCGGGUCAGAAAGUGGAUUACUCCACAGGACCCGUAGCCUGGGGAGAGCCUGGCACUAAUGGUCAGCAUGCAUUUUAUCAGCUGAUUCAUCAAGGAACCAACUUAAUUCCUUGUGAUUUUCUUGUCCCUGUUGAAACCCACAACCCUGUCCAGAAUGGACUUCACCACCAGAUCCUGCUGUCUAACUUUCUAGCUCAGACUGAAGCUUUGAUGCGAGGAAAGACAAAAGAGGAGGUGGACACAGAGCUGAGAGCUGCUGGCAUGUCUGAAGAUCAAAUCCAACUGAUUGGCCCCCAUAAAGUUUUUGAAGGCAAUCGACCAAGUAAUUCAAUUGUGUUUCAAAAGUUGACACCUUUCAACCUUGGUGUAUUAAUUGCUAUGUAUGAGAUGAAGAUCUUUGUGCAAGGCAUUGUGUGGGAUAUCAACUCCUUUGACCAAUGGGGUGUUGAGCUGGGCAAGGUCCUGGCUAAAGCUAUCCUCCCAGAGCUGACGUCAGCUGAUGUCAUCAACAGCCACGACUCCUCAACCAAUGGUCUCAUUAACUUUAUUAAGGCACGCAAACCUUGAUGGGUUAAGUUGCUUCUCACCUAGUUUAUUUAUUUAUCCAUGUGCUAGACAAGUUUACUGCACCAUCCAUAUCCACUUAAUGUACAUCAUUCAUAUCCGUAGAGAAAGUGAAACCACAGGAUCUGAUUUUUUUUAUUGAGUUGAUUAUAAAAAAAAACAAGUUCAAUCAAAACAAAUUCUUGUAGUUCAAUGUGAUGAUUUCUGUGAUAUUCUAUGUACUAGAACUUGACAUAUGGGAGAACUCAUGCAAACCACGCCUACUUUUGCCAGCAGGUAGGCCAACUUUGACAGGUAGGAGACAGGGUGCCACCCCCCACAGUGUUAGUUCUGUUCAUUCAUUCACACAUUGCUUGUAUUUUAUACAUUCAAAUUUAUAUUGUUCUUUUUGUUGACAGUGUGUGAAUUAUCUUGAAGCUUGUAUAUUUAUUGCGAUCAAUGAAAGAUAGCGGCUUGUGUUAGUGAAAUACCAGAAUGUGAUAGAGACUUUGUGUUAGUCAAUUAAUUCAGUGCUUAAAGUUGAAUCAACUGAAAUAAAUACAUAAAUCUCCCAGUGGC